ACGGUGGCGCCACAGGAAAUACGUUUUUUCUUCUCCCAAAACUUAACUAUUAAAGGCGAGAUACAUUUCAACCUACCUGUUUUUGUUACGAUGUUGUUUUAAUAAGAGUACUUAACAAUUAAGGCGUGGACUUUCAUGUUAUUUCCGCUCUAGUAAAAACUCAAAUUCCAUUCGAGCGCGUAUUUUUCCUUCUCGCUCCGUGGAAACUCGUGAGCGAGCCAGACGGUGAGCGAGCUUACUUUUAGUACGCAGCUAUGUCGUGAUUUGUAAAAAUAACGACAUGGUAUUAAUUAUUUGAAUUUUCCUCAUUCUUGAAUAACACCGCUUUUGAAUUAUUUGCGCUAUUGUUUAUCGUGAAUCAUCUUGUUGCUGUUGUUUUUAUGAGCGUUUUGUGUUUCAUGUCAAACUGCAAUGAAAGUGUUUAGCUUUUUACUCAAGUGGACAUUGUUUGUGCUACUGAGUAUCUCCUUAUGUCUUGGUGAAGAAAGCCCAACAUCAUCAAACAUUGUGAAUCCUUGUUGCUUUUACCCUUGUCAAAACCGGGGGGUGUGUGUUCGAUAUGGCCUGGACAGAUAUGAAUGUGACUGCACCAGAACCGGAUACUAUGGAGAAAAUUGUACUAUACCUGAGUUCUGGACAAGAGUCUAUCGGCUUUUGAAACCCAGUCCUAAUACUGUCCACUACAUCCUCACCCACUUUCAAUGGAUAUGGGACAUCAUCAACAAGACGGCUCUCAGGGAUUGGCUGAUGCAUAAAGUACUAACAGUAAGAUCCAACUUAAUCCCAAGUCCCCCAACAUACAAUUCUAGGUAUGACUACUUGAACUGGGAGGCAUAUUCCAACAUUACUUACUACACAAGAAUCCUGCCACCAGUUCCACAAGACUGCCCCACACCUAUGGGAACCAAAGGAAAAAUGAAGCUUCCAGACCCCAAACUUCUGGUAGAAAAGUUCAUGUUGAGACAGAAUUUCAGGCCAGACCCUCAGGGAACAAAUUUAAUGUUUGCCUUCUUCGCUCAGCACUUCACUCACCAGUUCUUCAAGACUCACAACCGUGUGGGGCUAGGGUUCACUAAAGGUCUGGGUCACGGGGUGGAUGCUGGACACAUUUAUGGAGAUACUCUUGAUCGCCAGCUAGAUCUCAGACUUCACAAAGAUGGGAAACUGAAGUACCAGGUGAUAAAUGGUGAGAUAUACCCCCCCACAGUGUUAGACGCGCAGGUGAAAAUGAGUUACCCGCCCUCUGUCCCUCCGGAGCAGCAGUUGGCCAUCGGGCAAGAAGUGUUUGGACUGCUGCCUGGUCUCAGUAUGUUUGCCAACUUGUGGCUGCGUGAGCACAACCGUGUAUGUGACAUAUUAAAAAAAGAACAUCCAACCUGGGGAGAUGAGCAGCUGUUUCAGACAGCCAGACUCAUUAUUAUAGGUGAGACCAUUCGAAUUGUGAUCGAGGAAUAUGUCCAACAUCUGAGCAGUUACCUACUGAAGCUCAAGUUUGAUCCCACGCUGCUGUUCACCUCACAGUUCCAGUACCAGAACCGCAUCGCUGUGGAGUUCAAUCAACUUUACCAUUGGCACCCACUCAUGCCUGACAGCUUCCACAUUGAUGGAGAUGAGAUUCAGUACCAUCAUUUCCUAUUCAACACCUCUAUUCUCACUCACUAUGGGGUGGAGAAAUUGGUUGAGGCAUUCUCCACCCAACCUGCAGGACAGAUCGGAGGUGGUCAUAAUAUUAAUGCAGUGGUGACCAGAGUAGCUGAGGGAGUUAUUAUAGAAUCAAGAGAGCUUCGUCUUCAGCCCUUCAAUGAGUACCGCAAGAGAUUCAAUCUGAAACCCUACACAUCAUUUUCAGAAUUUGCAGGAGAGGAGAUGGCAAAAGAACUGGAAGAACUCUAUGGUGACAUUGAUGCCAUGGAGUUCUACCCAGCUCUGAUGCUGGAGAAGACACGACCUGGUGCGAUAUUUGGUGAAAGCAUGGUGGAAAUGGGAGCCCCAUUUUCCCUAAAAGGCCUGAUGGGAAAUCCCAUUUGCUCCCCUGACUACUGGAAACCCAGUACAUUUGGGGGUCAGACAGGUUUUGAUAUAGUUAACUCUGCCACUUUAAAGAGACUGGUUUGCUUAAAUACAAAGUGGUGUCCGUAUGUAUCUUUCCAUGUUCCUCCAUCAAAUUACAAACCACAGAGAAAAUCUCAUGGUGAACUCUAGCAGAAGCUUUUAGCAAAACACAUUAUAGCGAUCACGAGGAGUUCACCCCAUGUGACUCUACCCUCCCUAGCAACCGGGCCAAUUUGGUUGCUUAGGAGACCUGGUUGGAUUCACUCAGCACGCCCUGGGAUUCGAACUAGUGAACUCCAGGGGUGGUAGCCAGCAUCUUUACCACUGAGCUACCCAGGCCCCCUAGAAUCUAUUGUUUUAAUCCAUCCAUCCAUCCAUCUUCUAUGGCCGCUUGUACAAUGACUUCAAAUUUCAUUUACAGAUACUUAAAGGGAUAGUUAAUUUAAAACAAAAAACAAUAUAUCUGUCAUCUUUUACCUACCCUCAAGUAGUUUCAAACUCAUAUGACUUUCUUUUUUUCCACCGUAAAACACAAAAGGAGAUAUUUUGAAGAAUGUUGCAAUCCCCGAUUUCUGUACAAUGGCAGUUAAUAGUGACUCACUUUAAAGCUUAAGAAAGGACCCAAAAGUGCCACAGAAGUAGUAUGUGCAUCUUCUGAAGGUAGAUGAUAGGUUUUGAUGAGAAACGAACCGAAAUAAGUUAUUUUACAAAGAAAAUCUUGAAUUCACCCAUAGCUCUCCUUUAAAAAAAGAAAGUCAUAGGGGUUUGGAAUGACAUAAGGGUGAUUAAAUGACAGCUAAAUUAGAAUUUUUGGAUUAACUAUCCCUUUAAUUUUAUUCCAAUAAAUGGGUAGAACGAAUUCUUUUAAAUCAGAAAUGAAUAUGCAGUAAGAUUAGUUAUUUGAAACAAGGUGAUUAAAGAAAAUAGUAAUAAUAUUAGAAUAUUAUGAAUAGUAAUAACAACAAUGAUGCCUUGUGAAUGAAUGUCAUGUCAUGUUUUUCACUCAUUUUAUGUAGUUUUGUCUAUUUAGAGAUCAACACAGAACAUAUUUUAAUAUAAUCAGAUCUUUCUAAUUGGACUUGUUAAAAGAUGAAUUGGCUCGCAGGUUGUUGAUUUGGCUCUCUAUAUUGAUUUUGGUAAUUAGUAUUCCUUUCAACCUUGGGCUUUGUUUAAAUACUUUGUUUACACUAAACCAUGUUGCCAAAUAAACAUGUUUACCUUUAACUCCCCCAAAAAAUAUUCUGUCCAUUUCUUGAUGGUGAAAAUAUUAAAUCAUAGGUUACGGUUUAGUAUUUGCUGCCUCAGCGCUUACUGUCUUAUUGCCUUUGACUCAGUAAAUCAACUAUUAAAUGCACUGUUCAACUUGAAAUCAAUCACUGCAGUCAUUGUGUUGGAGCAUCUGAUAUGGAUACACUAUAUGGCCAAAAGUUUGUGGACACCCCUUCUAAUUAACGAAUUUGGUUACUCCAUUAAAUCCAGUAAAGAAAAAUCUUAAUGUUUCUUUAUGUAACGGCUUGGGCUUUGUGUGCUUCCAUAUUUGUGACAUCUGUUUGGGGAUAGCCCUUUUCUGUUCCAGCAUGACAAUGUCCCAGUGAACAAAGUGAGGUCCAUAAAGAAAUGGUUUACUGUGUCUGUGUACUGUGACCAACAUCAAUUCCUGUGUCUGAAUGAGAGCAAAUCCCUGCAGCCAUGUUACUACAUACAGUAUAGUGGAAAGCCUUCCCAAAAGAGUGGAAGCUGUUAUUACAGCAAAGGGGGAAAUUGAUGCCUAAGGUUUUUAAAUCAAAUGUUCUUCAAGCACAUAUUGUGUCCACAAACUUUUGGCCAUCUAGUGUAUGUAACAGGACUGGUCAGUAUGGGGAUUGAGGAAGCGUGGUUCAGGUACCUUUAAACUCUUUAUUCACACAAUAACACUCAAAGUCAGGGUCAAUACUCUAAUGUAUCGCACUCCUGUGCAUCUCUCUCUCUCUCCCUGGGCUCUGGCGUGGGCUCCUCUUAUAUCUCUUCCAGGAUUACUGCAACAAGAAUCAGCUGUUAGACCUAAUUGUCACCCAGGGAUGAAUACUUGCCGCUUCCCCUCUUCCUGGACGGACACUCAACCACACACUCGCCACAAUAUAUUAUUGGCCAGUUUGUCUUUGGGUUUUUUGUUGUUGCAGACACUGUUGUAAACAUUUGUGUUCCUUAAAUGAAUUAAUGUAGCCUGUAUUAUGUCUUUCCAAAUGAAAGAUGAUGAUAUUAGCACUAUUUGUGGCACCAUUUCUACCAGAUUUUCAUGCAUUUUGAACAAGUUUGUUAAAGGCAUAUAUUUAAGUGGUUUACAGAAUGAAAAAUCAAAAAAUGUAUGGAAAAGAAAUGUUUUAUAAUGGAUAUGGAAUAUAAUGGAAAUUAAACAGUCAUUAUCAACCUUUAAACCAUAAAAUGUAAAUUCAAACACAUAUAAGGUUCUCUUUGAUCAAGUGUCAAUGCAUUAUCUCUUCAUAUAAAAUUGUUUGGGUUUUAAAAGGAUAUAAAUGGUUUGAAUGACACCUGUCUUAUAUAUAAUAUGUCCUUGGAUUCCAGUCAUAUGAACUGU